GUUUCCUCAGGUGGAAGCGGACGAGUCGUCGAAGGAGCAAAUCAAAAUGGCGAGCCAAGAGGAGUCCGUGAGGGAGUUCGUCGCUGUUACUGAUGUGGACGAGGAGAGGGCCCGGUUCUUCCUGGAGUCCGCCGGCUGGAAUUUACAGCUUGCUCUCGCCAGUUUCUUUGAGGAUGGAGCUGAUGACGACAUAGUGACGCUUCCUCAGCCUGAAGGAGGCUCCUCGGUGUCCCGGUCUGCAGGGCCCAGCAGUCAGCCCAGAGUGACCUCCUUCAGAGAUCUGAUGCAUGAGGCAGAGGAAGAGAGCGAUGAGGAGGAAGGCCAAAGGUUUUUUGCGGGAGGAUCGGAGCGCAGCGGGCAGCAGAUCGUCGGUCCUCCUAAGAAGAAGAGCUCCAACGAAGUGGUGGAGGAUUUGUUCAAGGGGGCCAGAGAACAUGGAGCUGUGCCUUUGGACCGGAGUGGGAGAGGACCAGGAGAGCCCAGCAAAGCCAGGGCAUUCGUCGGUGGAGGUUACCGGCUAGGAGCAGCUCCAGAGGAGGAGUCAACCUACGUGGCUGGAGAGAGACAAGCCUCUAACAGCCAACAGGAUGUUCACGUGGUGCUGAAGCUCUGGAAGACGGGGUUCAGUCUGGACAACGGGGAGCUCAGGAACUACAGCGAUCCUGGAAACGCCAACUUCCUGGAGGCAAUCAGAAGAGGGGAGAUUCCUCUGGAGCUGAGGCAGCGGUCUCGAGGCGGGCAGGUCAACCUGGACAUGGAGGACCACCGGGACGAAGACUUCUCCAAACCCAAGCUGGCCUUCAAAGCCUUCGGAGGAGAAGGACAGAAGCUGGGAAGCGCCACUCCAGAGUUGGUUUCUGGUCCAGCCACCUCCCAGCAGGACCAGGCCGCCAACGAGGCCCAGGCCAGUGCCUCAGUGACCCUCGACCCCUCACAGCCCGUCACCAACAUUCAGAUCCGACUGGCUGACGGAGGAAGACUGGUCCAGAAGUUCAACCACACCCACAGGGUGUCGGACCUGCGGCAGUUCGUGGUGGCCGCUCGGCCCCACAUGGCCGCCAGAGAGUUCGUCCUCAUGACCACCUUCCCCAACAAGGAGCUGUCGGACGAGAGCCAGACGCUGCUGCAGGCCAACCUCCUGAAUGCCGUCAUCGUCCAGCGGCUACAGUAAGGGCGGGGGGAGGCUGAUGACUCCCCCUCCACCCGGUGGCGAGGCUGAGCGACUGCAGCGCCGACAAACCUGCUGCCCCUUCCGAGGGAGGAGAAAACACGGACUUAUGUAUGGACUUCUAAUUUCUGAUUUUUGUUGUUUUUCUAAAAGUGAAACGUAACGCUCUGCUCCCCAGCCCCGCCUCCCCAGCCCCGCCUCCCCUCUCUCACCGCCCUCACCCUCCGAGGUAACGAGGGCCAAGAGGAAGCUAAAAAAACCUCCCAGAGCGUCUCGGAUGCUGUUGAGCGGUGGUUUCGUUGGGCGUGAGUUCAGCCGACAGUAAAGCUUUCUGAGCAGCAGAGAUGUUCCCUAAAAGCGUCUCUGUGUUCCAUUAACCAGCUCCCUCCUCCUGUUAACCCUCCAGCUCUGUUUACUAGCAGGUUCUGUGGCUUCAGCAGAUCAGCGCUAGCGGCAGAUUCUCACCAUGUUUCUGUCUCAGCAGAACAAACCACCAGGAAACGCCGACAUGUUGACAGUGUGGUUUUGUACAAGUUUCCAUUUCUCUCCACAUAUUGAGUUUUUUUUUUCUGGAGAGAGAAGUGUAAUGAUGUGACAAAACACGAGGUUUUCUUUUAUCUCCGACUUAUACCAGUAGCCUUACUCUCCCGUAUCCACCUCCAGAAACACACUUGGCCCUUUGUUCAGACGAAGAUGGAGUUAUUUUUUUAAAAUGCCUUUGCCCCCCUCCUCUAUUUCCUUCUUUUUCCUUUUCAGAUUGUAGGCUUGUCCCAGUUAGACGGUGGCAUUUUCAUAAAGUGUAACACGACGGCUUUAUUAUCAAACCAAUGGUUGAGCGAGACAACGUAGAGAUUGUAAACACUGGUUUGUAGUAGUGGAAUCUGACUUCGUACGAUACACUGACAUCUUCUAUGCAUCCUGGGGCAACACAGAAAUAUGUUUGGACCUCUGGUGAAAUAAAUCCAUUUUAUGGUUGAUGUACAAAGAA